AUGACGCCCGAAUUGGUUCGUCAGAUACACCUCCUCGCGAGAAGCCAAGGCGCGCCGUGUUUCCCGCAAGGCGGAGGCUGGAACACUCGUUCCGACCGAACCGACGAGCGGGGGAAUGGCGCCGGAAGUGGAGUUAGCGCUUCCUCCACGAUCGCAGCAGCAGCCUCCGCAGCGGCGAAUCAUAACCAGCCUUCGAGCACUUUUGCCGACCGCAAUGGCUCAUUCGGGAACCUCCCUUUUUCGCUCUCGGAGAGGGAGAUGGCGGUCGGCUUACCUGGUGGUACGACUGCUACUAUUCGCGGAAUUUUCGAGCAGCCGGCGCGUUCUGAUUAUCUGUUGCAAACUCAACAUCCAUCCGCGCCGUUCAAGUCGUUCGCGCCGUUGGAUCCAUGUGCUCCAGUCGCUCCAUCCGCGCCGUCCGCCCAGUUCGCGACCUCCCGAGGCUUUUCCGCCUUCCAGCAGCCCUCAGGCUUUCCGCCGCUCGCUGCGGCGGCGGAAACAGGCCAACCCGUAACGCGUCAGCCCUUAACGCGUCGCCCAUCGGCGGAUGGUGCAAUGGAUACGUCGGCCGAGGUUAUGACUGUCCCUCCUAGUAGGAGAGGCGUUAAAAGGACCAGCGGCCCAGGUGCUAACUCGGCGAAUAACAACACGACCGUGCUACCUGCCACUGCCACUGCCCCUGCCUCUGCCGCUCGCCGCCGCCGCAGCGAGAGCAACGGCCCCUCCGCGGGUGACGGCGCAAGCUCUGGCGGAAGUUCCAGCGGAGGUGGCGAUAGCCCCCGGGCGGGGGAAGAACCCGCGGAAGUAGGAGCGACGGCGCCAUCGGCGGCAGCGGAAGCGACGGCGGCGGCGACGGCGGCGUGGGAGCAGCACCAGUGGUCGCGCGGAGUUGCGGAGCUGGUGAGCGCGGACGGGCACCGGUGGCUCAAGUACGGCGCUAAGAAGCUCAGCACCAAGAACGGCGGCCAGCGCAGGGCGUACUACCGCUGCGCAGCCAGCUCUCCCCACCACCGCUCGGCAGGGUCCGCCCCGUGCCCCGCGCGCAAGGUGGUGAACUCACACCCUCUGCGCCCCUUCGACCUGAGCGCUGUCACUGUGGAGUAUCUUUCCGAGCACAACCACCCUGUGGAGGGAGGGCGCGUGGUUGUGCGUGACUAUAAAGGGCGCCGGGUUCCUCUUGCUGGGGAUGAUGGUGCUGCUGGUGGUGAGGAUAGGGUGAUGGUGGGGAGUGCUGAUGUGAGCCCAGCCGUUGCUGCUGAUGGCGAAGCCUGGACUGCCGCGGGUGGUGGUGCUGCUGCUGCUGCAGCUGCUGCUGCUGCAGGCGAUGACAGGGUUGUAUCGCAUGAUGAGUCUCCUUUUGAGGAGGAAACUCCCCAGCUCAGAGAUUUUAUGGGUGUAGCACCUCCCUGCGUGAUUUCUUUCCUAUUUAACUCUCCCCCCUUCUCCUCCCCAUCGCCCCACCUCCCCCCCCUCCUCCAACCCCUCCUUCUCCAACCCCCCCUCCCUUCUCCCCUGCUUCUAGCUUUUCCCCGCCCUCCCGAUCUCUCCCCACUUCCCCCUCCCCUCCCCCCCCCCCCCCCACCCCCCCUUUUCCGCGCGCAGUUAUUACUCCGUGGACGUGUGGGCCAGGUCACAUUUCUUACUUGCCUCAAAAUUCCUUCCCCCUCCUCCACCGUCGCCCACCCUUCCCCCCCCCCCCUCCCCCACCCCUUUUCCGCGCGCAGGUAUUACUCGGUGGACGUGUGGAUCGGCUAUUACUCGGUGGACGUGUGGAUCGGGUCCCCACCGCGCAAGUUCUCUCUCAUGGUGGACACGGGGAGCGCGCUCACCAUCGUGCCCUGCUCUUCCUGCUCGCCGUGUGGCGCUCACAUGAAUCCACCCUAUUCCCCCUCCGCCUCCGCCUCCUACCUCCCCGUGCCCUGCCGCGGAGGUUCCUGCGCGGGGAACCGCUGCGACCGCCAGCAGCGGUGCGCGUACUCGCGGCGAUACGCUGAGGAGAGCACCAGCGACGGCUUUCUCUCCUCCGACCUCGUCUCCUUCUCCCCUCCGCCUCCCCCUCCCGCGCCCGCCGCCUCCGCCGCCGUCCCAAAGGAGAAGCGCGCUUCCGCGCACGAAGACCCCCGGCCUUCCGCUUCCUCCUCCUUUUCGUUCUUCUCCUGGUGGUGGUGGCCGUUUUCCCCCUCCCCUUCCGCCGUCGCUUCCGCCUCUUCCGCGUCGUCUCCCCCUUCCUCCUCCGCCCAUGCGCAAGCCUCCUCCGCUUCCCCCUCCUCUUCCUCGAUAUCUUCCGCGCAAGCCCAGUCUUCCGCUCCAGGCCCCGUUCCGCCCCUUCCGCGCGUGCUAUUCGGGAAAUUUGUGCGCAUGCCAGGGGACGAUUUGCGCGCAUCUGAGUGGGUGUUUGCGUAUGUGAGGGGGCGCAGAGGCACGCCCUUUUACCAGGUGGUGGUGUCCCAAAUCCGCAAAGCAGGGGAUCCUCUCCCCGUGGAGGACGCCCCGCUGCUAUUCUCCUCCGGCUGCACGCCCUUUUACCAGGUGGUGGUGUCCCAAAUCCGCAAAGCAGGGGAUCCUCUCCCCGUGGAGGACGCCCCGCUGCUAUUCUCCUCCGGCUGUGGUGGUGUCCCAAAUCCGCAAAGCAGGGGAUCCUCUCCCCGUGGAGGACGCCCCGCUGCUAUUCUCCUCCGGCUGUUUGCUGACUGCUUGCUCUCCUCUCCCUCUCCCCCCCCCGCCCUCACCCCCAGAGGCACGCCCUUUUACCAGGUGGUGUCCCAAAUCCGCAAAGCAGGGGAUCCUCUCCCCGUGGAGGACGCCCCGCUGCUAUUCUCCUCCGGCUGCACGCCCUUUUACCAGGUGGUGGUGUCCCAAAUCCGCAAAGCAGGGGAUCCUCUCCCCGUGGAGGACGCCCCGCUGCUAUUCUCCUCCGGCUGCACGCCCUUCUAUCAGGUGGUGGUGAGUCAAAUCCUUAUCGGGGGAGACCCUCUCCCCGUCGAGGACGCCCCACUGCUCUUCUCCUCCGGGUACGGGGUCCUCGUUGACAGCGGCACCUCCUUCUCCUACCUGCCGGCGCCGCUUACUCACUCCACCACCCUCUCUCUCUCUCCCUCCCUCCCUGCCUCCAUCCCUUCCCUCUCCCCCAGAGGCACGCCCUUCUAUCAGGUGGUGGUGAGUCAAAUCCUUAUCGGGGGAGACCCUCUCCCCGUCGAAGACGCGCCGCUGCUAUUCUCCUCGGGUUACGGCGUCGUGGUGGACAGCGGCACCUCCUUCUCCUACCUGCCGGCGCCGCUCUUUGAGGCGUUCAAGCACAGCGUGAUGGCGCGCGUGGCGCGGGGAGUCAAGAUGCUGACGGAUACAGAGCCGCAGUACCAGAGCAUGUGCUUCCGCUCCACCACCUGGACUGCUCUGCAAGCCUCUACGCUGGCGUCCUUCUUCCCGUCGGUGGAGGUGGUAUUCGGGGAAGGCGCCGUUUACUGCCUGGACCCCAUUGUUCACUUCCUCUACCUCCCUCCUCCACUCCCCUCCUCCGCCGCUCCCCUCUUUCCCACGCAGGCAAGCCUCCACACUGGCGUCCUUCUUCCCGUCGGUGGAGGUGGUAUUCGGGGAGGGCGCCAUCUACCGCCUGGACCCAGAGAACUUCCUCUUCCAGCACCGCAAGCACCCUGCUACCUCCCUCACCACUCCCCUGCUGCCCCCUUGGGAUUGCCCCACACCUACCCCUCGUCUCGUCUCCCUGCAGGCAAGCCUCCACGCUGGCGUCCUUCUUCCCGUCGGUGGAGGUGGUAUUCGGGGAGGGUGCCAUCUACCGCCUGGACCCAGAGAACUUCCUCUUCCAGCACCGCAAGCACCCUGCUACCUCCCUCACCACUCCCCUGCUGCCCCCUUGGGAUUGCCCCACACCUACCCCUCGUCUCGUCUCCCUGCAGGCAAGCCUCCACGCUGGCGUCCUUCUUCCCGUCGGUGGAGGUGGUAUUCGGGGAGGGUGCCAUCUACCGCCUGGACCCUGAGAACUUCCUCUUCCAGCACCGCAAGCACCCUGCUACCUCCCUCACCACUCCCCUGCUGCCCCCUUGGGAUUGCCCCACACCUACCCCUUGUCUCGUCUCCCUGCAGGCAAGCCUCCACGCUGGCGUCCUUCUUCCCGUCGGUGGAGGUGGUAUUCGGGGAGGGCGCCAUCUACCGCCUGGACCCCGAGAACUUCCUCUUCCAGCACCGCAAGCGCAGCGGCGUCUUCUGCAUUGGGGUGUUCCCCAACCCCGACCAGGGCACUAUUCUUGGCGGGCACCAUUCUCGGCGGUGAGUGGCUGCACUGGUACCUUUCACACCUACCCACUCUUUCAGCACCGCAAGCGCAGCGGCGUCUUCUGCAUCGGGGUGUUCCUUAACCCCGACCAGGGCACCAUUCUCGGAGGUCUCAUGUUUCGCAACACCAUGUUGACCUUUGACCGGGUCAACGACCGCCUUGGCUUUUGGAAGACCCCCUGCGACCAGCUCAUGACCCACAUUGUGUCGCCUGGCGCGCCUGGUUCGGAACCAGGUCCGGAGCCAGGUUUGGGUGCAGGUUCGGAAUCUGGGUCUGGAUUAGAGGAGGAAGGCUCGGAUAUACGGCCUGCAGCAAGGACAAUGAAUCCGUUAGGGAGGGGCAGGGAUCCUCGGGACCCGUACACAGAGGAGCAGGCUCGGUCAGGUGGAGGUUCGGCAGCAGGCUUGGGUGCAGGCACAGGUGGACCCAAGCCUGACGUUGGCACCCACCCAAGCAGCAUUACCACACAGGAUGCCACUACAAGGGGUGUGUCUGCCAGGGAUGUGACUGUAAGAGGCGACAGCAGCAGCAGCAGUGCGACCAGCAGAAGCAAGCGGGCGCCGGAUGCAGGGCCAGCAGGCAGCGAUGACGACAUGGCGAUGGUGUGGGCUGUAGCGGAUGCCAUGCCAUCAUACCGCCCGGUGGACUCCACGGGGUGUGCGGGGUGCGCCAGCCACGUUGACAUGGAGCUGCGGUUUCCGUUGCUCUCGUCCGCACAGCUGGACGCGCUGGAGGGGCAGCUGACUGAUGAGCUGAUCCGAGAAUUAUUGCUGGAGCCGGGACAGGUGAGGGCACAGGGGGGCAAGGGCAGGUAUGGGCAGGGGGGAGCAAGGAGUGGAAAGGAAUGGGCUGGUGAAGGGCAGGUGGUGAUUCAGAGUGUGUGGGGCACGAGUCCCAGCGGGGCAGCAGCGGAGGUGUGGCUGGUGCCGUAUGCCGGCACCACCUUCCUGCCCGCCAUCACAGUGCAGCGCGUCAACUCCACCAUUCGCCAGCACGCCAUGCACCUGUCGCCUGCGUUUGGCCCCUACAAUCUCAGCUCAUUCAACGCGCCGCCGCCUGACUUCUCUGGCAGCGCGGCUCAAUCCCAUUCCAAGCCGCAGCUGCGGUGGCUGUGGUUCCUCGUCGCAAUCCCCCUCUUCCUCCUCUGCAUCGCUGCUGCCGUCUGGUUCCGAGUGGGGCGAAAGGAGGGGGAGACCGAGGCCGGGAGGAAGAGAUUUGUGACGGUGGGGCGGCGGUUGCAGCAGGAGGCAAUGGAGAGUGUGAGGAGCGAGAGGAUGGAGAGGCAUGAUAGAAUAGAGCGGUUUGAGCGGCAUAAUAAGAUGAUUGCGCUGACUGCCCAAGGGUCUGGCUCGUCGCCGAAGCAAGUUCCUGGGUUUGGGUUGAUGAGCGGGAGUGUACAUUGA